AUGCCGCUCAACGUUCCAAUGAUGCCGCCACAACAACCGCUUGCCUUUCCGUCGGCCACGUCGUCUGCUGAUUUCUCGCGUCCGCCACCGCAGAUAAUGCCACUUCCAGUCUUUUCCACACCCCCUCCAACGGUUUUUCCCAAUCAGUACGUGACUGACUCAGUUGUACCGAUACCGACAGCUGGCCAGUGGAAUCAAAUGGUUGAUGGUUUCCUGCGUCGCACAUCGAUUCGUUGCCGGUCACGUUUCACGCGCUCAUCUCGAUCUUCCUCCUCAUCCUCACGAUACAGAUCGCGCUCGUAUUCAUCGAAAUCGUCGAGCUCUUCCGCAACGUCACGAUCUUCGUCGCGUUCAUUUCGCCGUUUUCGCUCGCGUGACCAUCGUUCCUCAUCACGUCGUUCCGCCGCCUAUCGUUCAAGAAACGAUACGCACCGCCGACGUUUCGGGGAUCGUCCAAGGCGUUCGAGUGGUGGUCGUCGCGAAACACCGCGUCACUCAGAUCGCCGCAGAAAUUACGAAAAUGAAGUAGUAAAACAGAUAUUGCAGGAAAAAACGAUCGAGUGCGCCAAAGCAAUAGGCCUGGACAAUGAAUAUCUGACGAAGCUGGAGGAGCAAAAGAAAAUGCGCGAAGAGAUUUUGCGCAAAAAAGAAGAGCGACGUAUUCAAACGGUACAGAGUUUUGGCAGAUCAGUUACAUCGCAUACAAGUGACAAGUCGUCGCGACAUUCCCGAUACGCCAGUAGACCGGAAGAACGACGAUCGGAACGUAGUCGAAGAGUGGAGGAUGAUCGACACAGAAAACGUGACACCGAAAAUGCGUACCGAAGAAAGGAGGAGAUCCGGGAGAUCCGAAGCAGUAAGAAGCAGGAGCCUGUAAGCACAGGAUCGAGCAGUGUACCAAAUUCGGGAAGAACUAGUCGCACCGAACGAACCGUUGUUGUAGUCACAACCCAAAAAAGUGCAGUCAGCAGCGGCAGUAAUAGCAGCAGUGCCGUAAGUCCUAUGAAGAAAGCGCAGCUGGUUCCAAACCACGGCAGCAGCAGCAGCAACAGUGGCGUCUCAAUGGAGCAACACAAAGCAGCAGCAGCAACACCAGCAACAGCAACAGCAGCAGUUGUAGUAGCUGGAGAUCGGAGUGGAAAGCGAAAAACUGAAGAAAUUCCGCAGCAUUCGGAGAGACCGCGCAAAAUGAAGGCAUAUCUGGCUGUUGUGGUCAAAUCAGCAAACGGAGCAGCAAUUAAUCUGGAAAAAAUUCGUAUCAUUGCUGGAACAGUUGGACGCACUAAGAAAGUAUGGAAAUCUGCUGAAAAUACAGUAUCGCUUAUUUUUGAGGAACACGAAGAUGCAAAAACAUUCAUGUUUCAAUAUCACAAGUUUGUUUUUUUUUUUCCUUUUCCUUUUUUUUUUUUUUUUUUUUUUUUUUUUUUG